AUGUCAGAGUCUCCUAAACCAAAACUAAGUAGACCCGAUAGACCUUGUGACUCGUGCAGGAAACGGAAAUCAAGAUGUGUAUUUGAAGAUGAUAGUGCCAUUUGUUUCUUAUGCAAGUUUCAUAAUUUCCAAUGUGAAUUUAAUUUACCUCCUUUACAGAAGAAGAAAAAGAAGAAUGAAUCAACUCCUACCAAACCUCCGAAACAAUCAAAAGUUCCCGUUGUAACUCCAACUUUACAUACCUAUUAUCUUGGAGGUAAUAAUGAGUUUGAUGGGGUUAUCUUCAAAGACUUAUUGCCUAAUCCAGAAAUCGAUUUAAAUCCCGUUGGGUCUCGAUACGUUAUCAAACGUAAGAUAAGAAAACAAGCGGGAGAUUUGUUCUUGGAAGUUGAAGGAAGUAUUGAAGAUGUUGAAUAUGAUAAACAACAAAUUCAGAAAAUCAGUGAAUUUGUUGGUGAUUCAGGUCCAGGUUUAGUUUCACUAUAUUUUAGAUUCGUUCAUGGUACUUUCCCUAUCAUUUCCGAAAAGAAUUUCCUUGAAAAUUAUAAGAAAGAUAUAAAUCUUAUAGAUCCUUGUUUAUUAGCAUGUUUAUAUUUAUUUGCUUUGAACUGGUGGUCAUUAUCUCUUGAUUUAUCGGGAUUAAUUCAACCUUCUCAGAGUGAAUUGGAAAAGAUAGCCGAAACCAUCUUUUAUAAGAAAUUAAAGACUCCUACCCUUUCAACCAUUCAAGCUGGAUUGCUAUUGAUCCAACAUCAAAGUUUUAGAGAUAAGUAUGAUAAUCCUAGUAAUUGUUGGCCAAUACAAUCAGCAUUAUGGGGAGCUGCUCAAUGUUUAGGGUUGAAUCGAGAUCCUUGUAAUUAUAAUAUUCCUGAAUGGCAAAAGUCUUUAAGAAAAAGAAUCUCUUGGGCCAUUUAUGUUCAAGAGAAAUGGUUCUGUAUUACAGUAGAUAAAUCUUCCCAUAUAAAUGAUGAUGAUUGGACAGUUGGAGAUUUAGAUGAAUUCAAAGAUUUCACUGAUUCUGAAGUUUCCGCUAAUGGUGGUACCAAUACCCUUGAAGGUAGAAUCGAUGAAUCUAUGGGGAUAAAGUUAUUCUUGGAGAAAAUCGAAUUAAGUAAAUUGGCUGAUGUUAUACUAAAAGAACUCUGUUCAUUGAAAUCUAAACAAUAUUUCGAUAAUCUAGAGAUUUCUGAUCCUGUGACUCAACUUAAAUCCAUUCUCAAUAAGAUCAAACCUUUACAAAUCCAUUUGACCAAUUGGGAAUCUCAAUUACCAAAGGUAUUGUUGAUUGAACAAAACAUCGAAAGGGGUUUAAUCUCCGGAGCUCCAAAUAUCUAUAUCUCCAAUUUCAGUGCCCAGAUCACCAUUUUAAGACCAGUUCUUCGACUUUUAAGUAAAAUCAAGAACCAACAAAAAGUCGUCGAUAGGGAAUUCAUGGGUAUAAGAGACAUUGUCUUCAAUAGAUGUAUCAUAAUUUUUGAAAAUAUCUUGAGAUUUGUUAAUGAGUUAAAAGCUGAACAUUUACAGACAUUCUGGUACACCAGCGCUCGUGUAGGUUUUAGUUAUAUCGUUAUCUUCGGGUAUUAUUUGGCAUUGAUCAGUAAAAACUCCACUGAAUACAACAAAUGUAUUGAACUUCUAGAGAAUUAUGUAUGGAAACUUAAAAUUAAUAAUAAGAAUGCUGAAUUUUUCCUGCAUUCCAUCCUUUGGUGGAGUCAGUUGAAUAAAUUAUUGAAAAAUGUAGGCAAUCACGGGUAUAACUUUGAAGAAGAGACAUUAUCAGAACCAGAAAUUAUGCCUCCUAGUGUACCUUCAGGCAAUUUCUUGCUGCCUCAUUUGUUUAAUUUGGAUAGUAUUGAAGAUUUUAUUAUGAAUUUCCAUAGUUAG